CGCCCAUAAUCACCCAAAUCAUUCUCUCUCAGUCUCUCUCUCUCUCUUUCUCUCUCUCUCUCUCUCUCACAGCAAAGCAAUGGCGUCUCCACCAUCUCACUCCGAUGUGCAACCUCUGCUUGCUGUGGAAGCUGAAUCUCAGCUCUCUUCUCUCAUCUGCGAUAUGUUACAAGAAGUCCAAGGGGCAAUGGAGAACAUGCUUAAAAUGACUAAUGAAAUUGGUCAAAAUUCUGCUGGAAUAAUGGAAGAGAUAGAGAAAUGCAAAUAUUCUGCUCUUGAGAGGAAGGGAAUCUUGGAGGAAGAGAAGGAGCGAUUUCAGAAAGCUGCUUAUACUAUCUUAGACAUGCUUAACAACAGAGAUUAAAAGCCGGCGUUGUUGAAAGAGUAUAUAGACAAAAAGAGAAAAAGUGGCCUUCCAGUGAGUCUACUGUGGCGUGAUCCAUCAUUCUUGUAGAUACACUAGAAGCUAUCAGCAGUCAGCAGUUGGCAGUCUGUCUGAUGUUUCUUGCUUUGAGCAAGAAAAUAUGUUACUUCCUCUUUAAUUUUCUUAGUCUUCUUUGGUUCACAUUGAUCUAGUAUAGCUGUGGCAUAUGAUGAUUAGAGUGUAAAUGCAUUAGAAAUUUCAAGAAAAUUACUUCUUCUUUUUCUGCUCUAUAUCUGCAUAUUAAAUUGUGAAUCUGCCACCUCUUCUCUAUCUCUAUCUUUCUGGAUUAGUCAAACAUAGUAAGAAUAUUCAAUGUUAUUAGUAAAUUGGGAUUUCAUUCAAUGAAGAAGUGCUGAAGCAUACCUGUUCUGUCCCAUUCUUGUAUGUCACCAUGUCCUGCGAUUUCAGAUUUGCAUCAGAGAUUGCACAGAAUGAGAAUGUGAGAGGAAGUGACAGAUGCUAUACCACUGC